UUUCGUAUUACAGCGUUUGCCGAACAGGCAUGUGGAGGCCAUCUUAGAGAUAGGAACAAAGAAAAAGAGACUGAGUCCAAUUUACCAUCGGGACAUCUGAAACACCUCAAAUAACACCAGGGGCCAUGUCCGACUCCGAGAAACAGCAGGAGGAUAGCCAGGAAGAGCAGGUUGAGGUGUCAGAAAAGAAAAUUUUGGCAUCAAGAAUAACUGGAACUGUGAAAUGGUUUAACGUGAAAAGUGGAUAUGGCUUUAUUAACAGAGAUGACACCAAGGAAGAUGUUUUUGUCCAUCAGACUGCAAUUAAAAAGAACAAUCCCAGAAAAUACCUACGAAGUGUUGGUGAUGGUGAACAAGUAGAAUUUGAUGUAGUAGAAGGGGAAAAGGGCUUUGAAGCGGCAAAUGUCACUGGUCCAGAAGGAGCAGCAGUACAAGGUAGUAAAUAUGCUGCCGAUCGUCGUCGUUAUCAACGUGGUGGGUGGUAUCCAAGAUAUCGAGGUGGUAGGGGACGUGGUGGUGGUGGUCGACCUAGGUCUCAGCAUGAAGAUGAUGAAGAAGUGGAGGGAGAAGAAGAGGAAGGCAAUCGCCCACAAUAUCGAGGGCCUUCAAGGCGCCGUCCCUAUUGGGCCAACAGACGAUAUUAUAAUGGUCCUAGACGUGGUGGUCCACCCAGAGGAUAUAACAAUCGCCAGGAAUAUCAAGAUGAUGGCGAUGACGGACAGAUGAGACGUCGUCCAUUCUAUAGAAGAUUUUACCAACCACCUCGUCGAUAUUACGACCAGGCACCCAGAAGAGGAUAUUAUCAAGGUCCUCCACGAGGCCCACCCAGGAGACGACGACGCCCACAAAAAAACAAGGAUGAAGAUGGUGAGCAGGGUGAAAAGUCAACUGACGGAGGAGAUAGAGAUACCCAGGCUGAAAGCAAAGCCGAGGGUGAAGAAACUGCUUAAUUUAAUCAAAUCAUCUUUCUUUAAUUGAUACCAGCUUCAAGGUUUCUUUUACCUACCAUACUAGUAGGUGUGAAAAAAGGGGGAUAACUUGUAGUGAAUAAACUAACGCUUUAGUAUAAUAUACAUACUAUCUGUGCAGAGACAAAAUAAAAACAAGAACUAAUUAUAAAUGAUGGAUCACAACCCGUUGUUCAACUAUGCAAAGAUACUAUGUAUGACUAUAUACUGCCAACUUUUUUUUCAUAAUUUUAUACUUCGAUCAUCUUUCAUAUUGUAAACUAAAGAGACCUAUUGAAGUGCAAUAGGCCUGGUUGUUCCAUAGAACAAAACUUAAAAAAAAAAACCGAAAAAGACAAAAUUUUAUUUUUGUGCAUUUUCACAUGGAAUCAAUGAAGUUAUUUAAAGAACUAGUUGAAUGAACUGGGGGUUUCAUCCAUCCAAGCUAUUAAUUAAUUUUUGAAGUAGCAAAUUUUUGAUUUUUGGAAGUUUUCCAACCUUUAUUUUUCCAAGGCUUUUUGUGAAAAAGAAAAUGUGCAUAAAUAAAACCCAUGCCAAUAAA